AAGGAGGAGGAGGAGGAAAAGGAGAAGGAGGAGGAGGAAAGAGGUGGCGGGGGUGAUGCGGGGCUCCUGGCUGCCAGGCACAGGCUAGACGAGUGCCCUCCCUAAAGAACUGGGCGGGAAGCGGCCGUGGGGACCCGGCUUAGGAAGAAGAGAGGUGGCGCUGCCGGAGGGAACGGGGAGCGGAGCUGGGGGCGGACGGGAGAAGGAGCCGGUUGUUGGCAGCAGAUGUGACCCGGCUGCGGGCUGCCCGCCAGGGACAGAGCGGAGGAGCCGGGCGGGCAGUGCUUCCUUCUAAAGGGGCACCUGGCGCUCUGCUCUCUCCUCUCUCCUGCUCACUCCCUGCUCGCCCCCUGCCAGAGCCGCGGUCCCCUCCUGCUCUUUAUCCCGCUCCCCCCCCCCACUCCUCUGGGCUCCCACUCUCGGAGACUGGGGCUGCCUCCAUCCCCUGUCAGCCGCGCUACCCCCAGCUUUCCCCCGCAGCUCGCUAGCAAGCAAGCUCCCUAGCCCGGGCUUGGCCGUGCCCUUCUGGGGAUGUGCCAGUAACCCAGGUGUCCCGGGCCCUCGGAGAACCCCAAGGAUGGGACGCCGCCCUCACCUUUUGGUCGUCCAGGCCCUUCUUCUGUGGCUUGCACCAGUCUCAGCCUCGCUCCAAGAUCAGUACUGUGAGAGCCUAUCCUUAGUCAACAACACCACUGGAAUCCAGUGCAAUUCAUCCAUUGACCUCAUUGGGACCUGCUGGCCUCGGAGUGCAGCUGGCCAGCUUGUGGUACGGCCCUGUCCUGCCUACUUCUAUGGAGUCCGCUAUAAUACAACAAACAAUGGCUAUCGGGAGUGUCUUGCAAAUGGGAGCUGGGCAGUACGAGUCAAUUAUUCCCAGUGCCAAGAGAUCCUUAAUGAAGAGAGAAAGAGUAAACUACACUACCAUAUUGCUGUCAUCAUCAACUACCUGGGUCACUGUAUCUCCCUUGGAGCUCUUCUCAUGGCUUUUGUCCUCUUCAUGCACCUAAGGAGCAUCCGGUGUCUUCGGAACAUCAUUCAUUGGAACCUCAUCUCUGCCUUCAUCCUUCGCAAUGCUACCUGGUUUGUGGUGCAGCUCACCAUGAGCCCUGAAGUACACCAGAGUAAUGUGGCCUGGUGCCGACUGGUGACAGCUGCUUACAACUAUUUUCAUGUUACCAACUUCUUCUGGAUGUUUGGAGAAGGCUGCUACCUACACACAGCCAUCGUACUCACCUACUCUACUGACAAGCUCCGAAAGUGGAUGUUCAUCUGCAUUGGCUGGUGUGUGCCUUUCCCCAUCAUUGUGGCCUGGGCCAUUGGGAAAUUGUACUAUGACAAUGAGAAGUGCUGGUUUGGAAAGAGGGCUGGAGUGUACACCGACUACAUCUACCAGGGUCCCAUGAUUUUGGUCCUUCUGAUCAACUUCAUCUUCCUCUUCAAUAUCGUCCGUAUCCUCAUGACUAAGCUCCGGGCCUCAACCACAUCAGAAACCAUUCAGUACAGGAAAGCUGUGAAAGCCACUCUUGUGCUGUUGCCUCUUCUGGGUAUCACAUACAUGUUGUUCUUUGUAAACCCUGGGGAGGAUGAGGUCUCUCGAGUCGUCUUCAUCUACUUCAACUCCUUCCUGGAGUCCUUCCAGGGUUUCUUCGUAUCUGUCUUCUACUGUUUCCUCAACAGUGAGGUCCGCUCAGCUGUCCGGAAGAGGUGGCAUCGGUGGCAAGACAAACAUUCAAUUCGUGCCCGAGUGGCACGGGCCAUGUCCAUCCCUACCUCCCCUACACGUGUCAGUUUCCAUAGCAUCAAGCAGUCAACAGCUGUCUGAAUGGAAUGGGGAAAACAGGGGUGGAGGGUAGGGAUGCCAAAAGGGGCAGAACCAGAAUCUAACUUUGCUGGGAGGAACACAUUAUUCAAUAUGCUCUCCCUACUCUUGCCUAACUCUUCCCAAUCUGUGCAGGAAAACAGUUUCCUCCUCAAACUUUGGCAUACUUCAGCACUUGCUUGCCCAGAGUAACCCUAUGAGCAUGGGAAAUGUUGGACCCAUGAGACCCAGACAGAGGUGGGAAACUGGUGAUGGUGAGCAUAUAAGAGAUGGAUGGUAAAGAAGGGUCUUACAGGAGACCCUGGAAUGGUGAAGGCUGCUGAGUCUCAGACCUAAUUCACUCUCCUGUGCUCCUUGUCUGAUCUUUGGACAGGCCUACCUGAAGGAUGAGAUGGAAGAUUAAAAGCACAUGGACAAUGAAAACCAUGAAAACUUGGAGCACAAUGUAGCCAUCCAACUAGAAACCACAGGAUUGGUUGGUUGGCAUCAUCAGCCUUAAAGAUGUCACCAGUUGGUAUUAGAACAUCUUCAUGAAUUUCUUUGUGAAAACCAUUGUGACAUCAUCAUAAAGACACUUGCAGAAAUGGAUGUGAUCUUCAGAAUUCUUGACAAUGAUUAUAUCCUUGAUUGUAGUGAUGUCACAGCCACAUCAUUGGAAAGUCUGAUGAUGCCACCAUGAACCACGGUCACAUCAUCAGAACCCAUGACAACAUCAGCAAGAAGAAGUGAUGUCACUGCAAACCAUAACCAUAACCUAGGCACUGACCCCAGAAAUGACUUUGCUAUUAUUCUUUGCUCAUGACUUACUUGUCUCUGGCUCACUAUACCAAGAAGGGGCAGGUGACUUAUGAGUGGUACUACCCUUCCCUAAAUGGGGAAGGAGAGACUAUUUUCUGCCUGAGGGCUCUGCUACUCCUGAAAUUUAUUACUGUAGGGAUUUCUCUAAAGUAACAAAAUGGCUCACUCCCUGAUACAUGUAUGUCUUGGGAAUUGCUACUCAGACCUCCUUUUCAAAGUUGCUUUGUGGGCAUGUAUUGUGAAGCUGGGGAAGUAGCUGGGAUGUCAAGAUUAUUAGUUAUAGCUCUGGAUUCAACACAGAGAUCUUAUACUGCUGGCAUUUUCUGAAGGUAGGAGGAAAGGAAGGGAUAGGGACUAAGGAAGGAGGAGAAAAAGGAAAUUACUAGAAUCCUCCUAAAUCACACUGGGUUCCAUCAAAGAGGGUCAGCCUGUGAGUAUGGGGUGUGUGUGUGUGUGUGUGUGUACGUACAGGAGAGAACUUUGGCCAGGUUAGGAAAGAAAGGGAGUUGCCCUGAAUGGUUCCUGUCAGGGACUGAGGUGGUUAGCCUGGGAAAGGUGGUUGGAGCAAGAGAAGAUAUGGGUAUACAUUGUGGGGGGUGGGGGAGGGGGAGAGGAGACUCCAGAUAGAAGAAGCUAAGAAUUAAAGUUCUCCUUGAAAAAGGAAACAAAAUAAAUGAUUUUUAACAUAUAACCAUUUGAGGAGGGAGCAGGACCUAGAGAGGCCACUGAGGGGCAUUUGGAGGAGGAGAGAUACAUCAGAGAAAGAACAUUGGAACCCCAGCCUGUCUCACCCACUCCAUGAGGUCUGACCACUGUAACUACAGGGGAGAGAUGUAGAAAGGCCAGAGGAGUCAGAGGAACAUGUGGGAGGUGGGUGUGUGGGAAGAAUAGAAGUGAUAAGAGAACCUCUUACUCAAUCUGGGGCAGAGGGCUUCACAGAAAUAUGAUGGAAGAAAAUGAGAAGCUGGAUAAUGGGUCCCUGCUGACAAAGGAGGAACAUGAAAUGACUAAUGAGUCUCAAACGGCCGAGGCAGUAAAAUAAUUCUCAACUUUGCUUUCCACCAAAGGAAGGAAGCUGGGAAAUGUAAAAAAUGAGGUUUUUGUUGAGGGAAGGGGGCAGGGAAAAGUGGAGGGACUCAGGCAAAGGAGAUGGGGAAUGAAAAGAGGAUGGAUGUGAGAGUAGGAGGAAGAAUGUUAAGAAAGAGGAUGGAAAGGGAGUGGAAAGAGGAGGAAUGCGAGAAUUGGAGGGAAAAUGUUAAGAAAUCAACUUUGCCCAGUCAGGCAGAGAAAGGAGUCUUAGCUUACAAAGCAGGGUCCCAAUAGUAGACAAUGGUCUUGGAGGCCCAAUGGCAGAUUGGGAGCCUCAUCCUAUGGGAAGCAAUCAAUAAGGAGUUUGUCCAUCAACAAGCAUUUAUUAAGCACUUUCUGUAUACUUGACACUGUGUAAAGUGCUGGAGAUACAAAGAAAUGCACGACAAUCCCUGCCCUUUUAAAGGAAAAGAUAUUAGAGUGAGAAGCUGUCACAGCAGACAGGCUGAGGAAGCAGCUGCUAUUGGCUCCUGAAGGGGGUCCUCCUUUAGGCCAACUGGACUGACUGACAGAUUCCUUUAAAGCAAUGAUUGAGCCUAGCCCUGUCCAAGGUGCUGGGGCAUGGGGUGGACUAGGGGAUAAAAGAAAUAAAAUGAACUAAAAAACAAUCUCUGGCCCCUAGGAGCUCCAAGCCAUUUUUGGUACAAAAGUUCAGGUGGACAGGAUUGUUGGCUCAAAUUAGGUCAUGAAUGCAAAAUGCUUUGUAAAUCUGAAAACCCUAAAUCGCUGUUGGGCAUUGUUGUUAGGGAAAACCCAUGAAUGAGGGACAACUUAGAGAGGUCAGGGCUGUUGGGCAGUGGAUCUGGGUCCCUGGGAAGUGGUGGGUGAGAGCUAGAAGUGGGAGGGACCUUCUGGGGCAUCUAACCCUCUGCCUCCCUUUACACCAGGACACUGAAAGCUUGAAGAAAGAGAGAGGUUAGCCCAAUAUACACACAGGGACAGAAUCAGGAUCCACACUUAGGUCCUCUGACUCUAGACACAGUGUUCCUUCCACCCCACAUUCAUCCAUCCUGAAGCUUGAUGAGAUGACUGCCUUUUAGGAUUCCUCCAAGUGGAUCAAACAACCUUUUAGGACCCUUCUAAUUCACAAGUCUGUCAAUAGGAGUGCAAGGCAAUAUAUAAGUACACCUGGAUGCAGUCAGUUGGCACCCUGAAUAGAACACUGGGCCUGGAAUCAAGGAGACCUGAGUUAGAAUCCUGCCUCAGACACAUACUAGCUGUGUGACCCUGGCCGAGUCAUUUAAUCUUUGUUUGCCUCUGUUUCCUCAUCUUUAA